CUGACACUUCAUUUCCUCCAGGUGAAUGCCCACGACCAUGACGACGACGACUUCGACGCACCCAACUCCGCACCGCCAAGACAGCCGCAACCCGUUCCCAACUCACCACCACCCUCCUUCCACUCGAGAGCGUCGUCGCGCGAACGUAGAGGAGUCGACCCGACACUCGCCGACGCAUUCGAUACCGAUGGUGACGAUAGCGAUGACGACGCCGAUGACCGACAGCGCCUGGUCCGCGCCGACUCCACCCUCGCAUCCCGCGACCCAUCUCGCAACCCGUCCUCCGAGUCAAGACCCCAGCCCGAGAGAAACGUCACCCAGCUUCCGCCCGCAACAGCGACCACCGCCGGCGGCCCCACGACGCCCUUCCGCAUCUACGGCAGCGGCAUCCAGAAUGAGGGUGUCUUCUCUAAUCUGACGGCGAAGCCCGAGCGCGGAGGGCAGGUUAAGGAAGAGCAACCUCCGACGUACGAGCAAGCCGCAGCCGAUUCCGCGCCGCCCUACUGGGAAACAACGAUCCUCGCCCCUGGAUUCGGCGGUCCCGACGAAGUCUACAUCGACGGCAUGCCCGUGGGCUCUCUCUUCAGCUUCGUCUGGAACGGCAUGAUCUCCAUGUCUUUCCAGAUUGUCGGCUUCAUCCUCACCUACCUCCUCCACUCCACGCACGCCGCCAAGAACGGAUCACGCGCCGGCCUUGGUAUCACCCUGAUCCAGUAUGGCUUCUACAUGAAGGGCAGCACCGAAGGCGACCGCCCGCCCAAAAUGAACGGCCAGGACGGAUACGCGGCGCCACCGGACCCGAACACGCACAACUUCGACCCCAACGCCGUGACUGGCGACAACGGCGGCGGCGUGGCGGACAUUACUGGGCAGGAGUGGAUCGCGUAUAUCUUGAUGGUUGUCGGAUGGUUUGUCCUCAUCAGAUCCGUCAGCGACUAUCUCAAGGCCAGACGCCACGAGCAGCUGGUGCUCCAGAGCCCCGACCGUGGUCUGCCCGUGCCCAUUAUCGCCGAGGGCGAGUCGUCCGAGAGAGUGGUAUAG